AUGGAUGCUGUAUUUGUUGAUUCUUCUCAGCGUGCUCACAAGCGUAGCAACUCGCGUAUAAAGGAGUCUAAGAAGAAGCGUAAGGAUUUGCAGCGCAAAGGUAUCACUGAGAAGCAGAAGCGUCAUAACCCCAAAGCUUUUAGCUUCAGUGGUGGUCGCCACGCUGUUCAUCGAAGGGUGCAGCACGCCAGUGAGGUUGCUGAGAAGCGUUUACGUCGUCCUCGUAUAUUUAAAUCUGCCGAGGUACCGCCGCCGUUUGUAGUGGUUGUACAGGGCCCAUCUGGCGUUGGUAAAUCUACAUUGAUCCAAUCUUUAGUGAAGCAUUAUGCGAAGCGUAGUGUUUCUGAUAUAAAGGGUCCCAUAACCUUGGUAUCUUCUAAGUCUCGUCGCAUAACCCUUAUAGAGUGUGGUAACUCAAUGUCAGAUAUGUUAGACUGUUGUAAGGUUGCUGAUCUUGUGCUUGUGAUGAUCGACGGUAGUGUUGGUUACGAGUUGGAGACUUUGGAGUUUCUGAAUAUAAUGCAGACCCAUGGUUUUCCCCGUGUAGCGGCUGUUGUGACCCAUUUGGAGUCCUUUCCUGACAACAGUACGUUGCGUAAGGCUAAGAAGCGGCUAAAGAGUCGUUUUUGGUCCGAGAUUUACGACGGCGCCAAGAUGGUUUAUCUGAACGGUUUGAAGUAUGGUCGUUACAAGAAUACUGAGGUAUUGAAUGUGGCGCGCGUGAUCGCAUCACAGAAGCCUGCAAGUAUUUCCUGGCGCCAAACUCAUUUUUAUUGUGUCUGUUUACGUCACGAGGUGUUGGGUCCUGAGCCUUGUACUAACGAUGAUGCUGCUUUAUUAGAUUCUGAUAAAUCUGUAUCUAAUGAAGGAUCUGAAACUAAGGUCCGUGCCGCUUUUUAUGGUUAUGUAUAUGGUUCGCGUAUCGUUGGUCAUCAGGCUUUUCAUAUCCCUGGUGCUGGUGAUUUUAUUCCUGAAUCUAUUACCAAUAUGCAGGACCCGUGUCCUGUGCAGACAGAGGGUCGUACUCUCAAAGAUAAGAACCGGAAUAUUUAUGCACCAGAGUGUGAUGUUGGUAAUGUGAUGCUUGAUGAUGACGCUAUGUAUAUAGAGUUAUCCCGUGCGAAGGAGCAUUUUACUGAGACGCCCGGUGAGGAGCCUAUCCACUCAGAAUCGGUAAAGAUGGUGCGUGAGCUUCAGAAAAAGGAUGAUGCUUUGAGGUCUCAGUUAAGUUCAUAUAAGUUUCGUACGUUGGAUAAUUCAGAUUCACCUGAAGAGUUGGCUUCUGAUGGUAAUAUGGAUAAUGUGACGGGUGGGUUUGUUGACGAAUAUUCUAGUGACAGUGAUAGUGCUGAUAGUAUUGUUGUGUCUGACAAUUCUGUGGAGGAUGAUACUGUUGAUAACUAUACUGACGAGAUUGCAUCUCGAGUGUAUGGUACUGCUCCUACGGUUGAUGCUGAUAUGUAUUUUGUAGAUUAUUCUAGGGUUGAGGAUGAUAAAUUUGAUGAUGAUUGGAGUGCUGGUGGUCUUUGUGAACUGCGUGCGUCAUGUUUUCAAAACUAUACUGAUGCUGAUGCUGAUGAUGGUAGUGGAACGGUUAUUGAUCCUAGUGCUCCUAUUGACCCUGAGAACGAGAAAUUGGUUCGUCUUGAGGAGAGUGAGCAGAAGCGUUUAUAUAACGAAGCUUUAAGUUUAUCAUCUCUUGGUAACGUUGGUCAAUUUGUGCGUAUAACUGUUUGUGGUUUACCAGAUUCCUUUUUAAAGAAUCGUGUUUCUAACCGUGGUCAUCCAUUGAUAAUUGGUGGUUUACAACCUGGUGAGCAGUUGUCAGGUUAUAUGCAGUUGAAGUUGCGUAAGCAUCGUUGGGCUCCUCGUAUUUUGAAGACUAAUGACCCCUUAUUAUUUUCUAUCGGUUGGCGUCGUUUUCAAUCUUUGCCUGUGUACUGCAUGGACGAGCGCAACAACACUCGUAUUAAGAUGUUGAAGUAUACCCCUGAGCAUAUGCAUUGUCUCGCUAAUAUCUAUGGUCCGCUUGGUUCUCCUGGUAUCGGUGUUGUUGCUGUUAAGGAUUGGUCUCGUGUUCCUCAUUAUCGUAUAUCGGCUACAGGUGUGGUCGUUGGUACUAAUCAGGACUUUGUGAUAAAGAAGAAGUUGAAGGUUCAGGGUAACCCUUACAAGAUUUUGAAGAACACCGCUUUUAUAAAGGACAUGUUUACUUCAGAGCUUGAGGUUCUAAAGUGUGUUGGUUCUCGUGUUGUUACCGUUUCUGGUAUCCGUGGUGAGAUAAAGAAGCCUGUUGGUAAGAGUGGCAGUUUCCGUGCAACAUUUGAGGACAAGAUAUUGAUGUCAGACCUAGUGUUAUUAAAGGCUUAUGUGAAGGUUCCUACUAAGCGUUUCUUUAACCCUAUGGUUGACUGUGGUUCAUUUCGUCGUGUUCGUACUCUUUGUGAGUUACGUUCAGGUCCUGUUGUGAAAAGCGAUUCUGUUUAUGAGCCUAAAUCUUUAUUGAGUCGUCCUACUCGGAGGUUUAACCCAAUAAAGAUUCCUAAACAUAUUGUUAGUAGUUUGCCAUUUUCAUCUCGUCCUAAGGUCUAUGAGCGUGACCCUGCUCCGUUGACCAUUGGCAACUCUGUAUACGAGCGUUCAGUUGCUGCAUUAAUGCAGCGUCUGUUGACUAUUCGCAAGAGUCGUCUUGCUAAGGUUAAAUCUUCACGUGAUCUUCACGAAGCUGGGUUACGUCUUGAGAGUGCUAAGCGUGAAUCUGCAUCUCGUGAGCGUCUGAAGGGUUUGAAGAAAUUGCGUUAUAUGAAACGUAGCAAGACCGAGUCAGUUAAGCGUGCUAAGUUAUGUCUUGACUAG